CCCGAGUUUACGUCGUCGAUCAGGCAGAGGCCGAACAGCAGCCAGGUACCAUGUCAGGGAUGGUUAUUCUUAAUAAUGUUCCUGUGUUUGCUUUAUUCGAUACUGGAGCGACACAUACUUUCAUUUCACAACGAUGUCUUGACGCCAUCGGAGUUCGCGCUACUGCCGCUAUCGAUCCUCUCGAGGUGAGUUUGGCCUCGGGACGAAAGAUAGUAACUUCAGCUAAAGCUUCAGAUCUUAGUUUUUCCAUCGGUGGCCGAGUUUUGUCUACCGACGCGUUUGUUCUCGAGAUGAGGGAUUUCGACCUUAUUCUCGGAAUGGAUUGGCUAUCCUUUUAUCAUGCGGAUAUCAGAUGCCACGACCGGGAGAUUACUCUGUAUCUUCCGGGAGAUGAGUCGAUCACUUUCUUCGGCUCCAGAAAUCGUUUUUUGCCUCAU